UUGGAUGUGCACUCACAACACGUUGAUUGAACCAUGAAUCUUGCAAUUCAUAAUCUGUUGGCUUGCUGUCAUCAGCUUGGAAGUGACAAAGCUAUGGAAAGAAAGAAGGAAAUUGAGAAGUUCAAGCGUCUUAUCUGUGAUCCAGAAACAGUUCAGCAGCUGGAUCGGAAUUCUGAUUCCAAACACGGAAAACAGAUGAACUGGGAUGCUGUAUUCAGGUUUUUGCAGAAAUAUAUUCAGAAAGAGGUUGAGAGUGUCAGAGCAGCAAAAUCAAAUGCCUCUGCAUCAAGCCAAGCAACACGUCAGAAAAAGAUGAAACAGUUCAGUAGUUUGGUUAAGGAUUUCAUCAUGUGUGCCAAUAAAAGAGCCCCCAGAAUAAAAUGUCAGGAGCUUCUGAAUUAUGUAAUAGACACAAUCAAUGAGUCAUCAAGAUAUGCUAUUUAUGGGGCCGAUUGUAAUAGCAUAUUACUUAAGGACAUUCUGAAAGUGAGGAAAUAUUGGUGUGAAAUAUCACCACAACAGUGGUCAGAUCUCCAAAAUCUGUACUUCAACUUAUUUCUCAAUCCUUCUGGAGAUGUUAACAAAGUUUUGGUGGCUAGAAUAAUCUAUACAUUAACUAGAGGCCUCUGUUUCCAAACUGACAAGUUCAAUUCAGAUAUUUUGAACUUCUUCUCAAAAGUUGUACAUCGUGCAAGGCAAGAAAGAAACCUUGCAGGCCUCGACCACAUUUUUGCAGCCAUUAAUGUGUUUUUCCCCAUUUAUGGAAUGAAUUACCGCAUGCAAGUUUGCAAAACAGGAGAGGAAAUUCUAUCAACUGUGCUUUUUAUAUGGGCUCAGUACAAACCAAAAGAUGCCUUGAAGGAACAGAUCAUUCAGUUUGUUCAGUUUCAGAUUUGUAUUCAUCAUCCAAAUGGAGCUAAAACUCAGGAAGAAGGAGCAUACAGCUCAGCAAAAUGGCAGAAUACUUUAUACAACCUCUAUGAUCUGUUAGCUAAUGAGAUAACGCUUACUAGCAGCCGAGGAAAAUAUUCUUCAGGCUCACGCCGUAUUGUUCUAAAGGACAACCUGGUUGAGUUAAUGGCUGAUUCUUGUCAUCAGGUGUUUACUGAAGACAUCAAAGUCUUGGAAGUAACCCAGUCAUAUGCAGUUAUUCCACAAGAAGCUGAAGAUGGAGAAGGACCAUCCAAACGUAGAAAAAUUGAAUUAGGAUGGGAAGUGAUUCAAGAACAUUUGCAAAAAUCACAGAAUAGUUUUGAUGUCAUACCCUGGCUGCAGAUUACCACCAGAUUAAUAUCCAAGUACCCAAGGAGUCUUCCUGACAAUGAGUUGACUAAUUUACUUAAUAUACUUUACCAAUUAUUACUUCAGCAACGUCGAGGAGAACGGACCCCUUAUGUAUUAAGAUGUCUUAAAGAGGUUGCUCUGUGUCAAAGCCAAAAAAUAGAUCUCAGUAUCACACAGAAGUUUGAACUGCAACGAACAUGGUCCAGAAUUUGGUCUCUGGUAGAUCGAAGUUUAAACCUUCGACAAACUGAAAUGGAAAGCUUUGAAUUGCUUGGAGUCCUAUUUCAAAGCAAUUUAAUAACAACGGACAGGGAAAUUUGGAGGAUAUUUGCAGGUUCUAUAUGCAAACCAUCAAGUUUUGCUGUACAGUGUUUAGCAUCAGCGAUGACAGCUUUGGAAAUACCAGAAACUUUGAAAACUGGAUCAUUUCAGAAUGAUUGGGAAGGAAAUGCAACUUAUACACUAAAAGAACGAGUUGUGAAAUGGCUUCUCUUCUGCUCUGUGGAGGAAGUUAUGGAAGAUAGCAUGGAACUCCCUCCAGUUUUGUGCAGUGACUUUCCUAAGCUAGAAUUACAGAAGAUCCUUGUAAGUCUGACUAUGAAAAAUUGUAGAGCGGCAAUGGCAUUUUUCAACAGUGCACCAAAAUGCAUGGAACAUACCCAAGAGAAAGAAGAAACCAGUCUUUCAGAAAUUGAAGCUUUUUACCUGCAGACAACCUUCAAUGAAAUCAAUAGUUUUACAAAUAUGGCAGAUGUAUCAGAACACAAAUCUUCUAGUUCCUGCCUCAUUGUCAAUCAGAGGCUUGAAGAAACCUUAAAACACGAUCUUCUGAUGAUGUUGGAGCAGCUACUUAGCAACGUUUCUCUUGAGACUAUACCUGUGGAAAUUCUGAUGCGGUUUACCAGCCUCUUGACUGGUGUUCUUGGCUGCUAUUGUUAUGCUGGCAUUCUUACAGAAGAAGAAGCACGUAAACUGGAUUUUUUUCAAAAAGCUAAGUUAUGUUUUAAUUAUGUGGAGGAAAGCAUUUCUCAAUCUAAAAACAAGCUAACUGAAGAUUCUAGAAUUGUUUCAUUGAGGAAUUUAAUAUUGCAGUGCACAAGUUGUUUAUGCAACUGUAGCCAGAAUAGUCCUAAAAAGAGUUUGUCUACCAUCUUCUUGCAUUUGUUAACAUCCAAGUUGAUGAAUGAUCUUGCAAAUAUCUGCAAACUUCUGAUGUUUUCUACUGGAAAGUCAAGUGAAGCUGGAGAAGUGGACUUAAUGGAAGAUUUUCCUGAAGAAAGUAGAAUGGAAGAGGGAAACCAAACAGUCUUUGAUCUAUUUGAUGAUGAGAGUAAUGAAGUUGGUGAGGUGAAUGAAGUUGGAGACUUACACACCUUGAAAGGUGCCAAAAGUCCAUUAUCAGAAGACCAUCUGUCUAAGCAGGAUUUGCUUCUUCUUGAUGUUUUGAAGUUCUUGUGUAUAGCUACCACAGCAACCACAGUACAAACAGUUCCCUUUAGAUGUUCCGAAAUUUGGAGGAAACUUUUAGUGCUAAUUGAUGGAAAUUCAUUUGAUUUUAUCAAACCUUUACAUUUACAUGUGUAUUUAGUCUUGUUGAAGGAACUUCCCAGUGGAGAAAACCCCUUGCCAGAAGAAUAUGUUGUCUCUUUACUCAAGCUUCUACCGGAGAUAUGUUCCUUUUAUCGUUGGGAUCAAGAUGUUUGUGCAGCAAUAUUACAUAACCUUCUUCCAAUGGUUACUAUUUUGGGAACCUUCAAUAGAAAUUCCGAAGAUCUAAGAGAAGCCCGGUGUCAAAUCUUAGCUGUUGUUGGAGCAUUUUGGCAUUUAGCAAAUGAAGGGAAAUGUUCAGUUCUUGUAAGAAUUUCUUUAGUGAAUUGUAUGACAGCCUUCCUUCAUGCUGACCCUUAUUCAGAAUGGGCUGUGCUUACAUUUAAAAGUGAAAAUUUACCUGUGAGAGAUGCUUUUCCUCAAUUUCUUGCAGAUAACAACUUUCAAGUUUGUACGAUUGCAGCUAAGUCAGCAAUCAGUUUGUUCCAAGAUGUGAAACUGAGGGAUACUACUGGUUUAGUGAAAGGUCUUCCUUUGAAAUUCCAACAACGAGCUUUUGAGAAUUUGUACAUCAAAGUUCAAGAAGGAGCAAAAAAUUUGGUAAUACAAAAAAGCCAUCCUGAUGAAGAACAUAACAGAAAAACAGUCCUACUCAUGUUAAUAACUAUGAUUUUGUACAGCAGUCCUGUGUGUGAGAAACAAGCAUUGUUUGCUAUUUUCCAGUGUAUUAAAAGGAAUGGAUUAGAUCCUCAGCUUGUAAGGAAGGUUUUAGAAAAUAUUUCUGGCUCUUUUGGUUAUAAAAAUACAGAAGAUUUAAUGAGCACCCAUUUAGAUUAUCUUAUAUUUGAGUGGCUGAACUGUGAUUACAGCCUGUCCGAUUUUCCAUAUAUUUUGCUAAACUGCUCUACUUUGGAAGAGUUUUACAGAUCCUGUUAUAAAGUCUUGAUUCCACAACUAAUAAUUAGAGAUCAGUUUGAAGAAAUAAAAUCAAUUGCCAGCCACAUUAAUACAGAAGAGCGCCACCUUCUGGCACAGUGCUUCCCCAAAAUCCUUGUCAACAUUCUUCCUUAUUUUGCCUACCAAAACCAUGAACAUAUUGAAUUCACACAAAAGAGCAAUACAGCUUCUAGAGUCUAUGACAUGUUGAAAGAUGAAAAUUGCUUAGGAAAGCAGCUGAUAGAUAGUUUAUUUCAUAGCAGCUUACCAGAAAUUGUGGUAGAGGUGUUGAUGAUCCUACAUGAGCCAGCCAAUAUCAAACCAGAAGAGAAUUCUGACUUAAUUAAGUUUACAGGAAAUCUGGAUCCUGCUCCAAAUCCUCCUUAUUUUCCAUCAUAUAUUAUCCAAGCUACACUGGAUUACAUUAAUAGAUGUUAUAAAACUAAGUUCAAUGAUAUUAUAGCAAUCCUUUCUAAGAACCCUGAGUCAUUCCACAAAAUUUUAUUUGCUGUAUGGAAGCAGGUAUCUGGAACAAGAAACAAUUAUAAAAAACAUAGAAUGCUUAUGAUAUAUCAUUUUUUUGUAAAUCUGCUAUUGAAAGAAAUAAAGACUGGCUUAGGUGGUGCUUGGGCUUUUGUAUUGCGGGAUGUGAUUUAUUCUAUGAUUCGCCACAUCAGCAACAGACCAAAUCCUUUGAGAGGAGUAUCCCUCCGGAGCUUCUUGCUCUGUUGUGACCUUCUCAAUCGUGUUUGUCACACAGCAGUACAGUAUUGUCAGGAUGCUCUAGCGAGUCACCUCCAUGUUGUCGUGGGUACACUAAUACCAAUAGUUGGAGAACAACCUGAAACUGAAGAAGAGGUCUUGAGCUUAUUGAAGUAUCUAGUGAUAGAUAAUCAGAACAAUGAAUAUUUAUACCAAGCAAUCAAAUUAUUAGAUCCAUUUCCUGAUCAUCCUCAUUUUAAAGAACUACGGGCCACUCAACAAAAGAUUAAAUACAGCACUGGAAAAUUUUCUCUUUUGGAGGAAAUUAACCAUUUCUUAUCAAUAAAUAUCUCCGAUUCACUGUUUUUAACAAGAUUGGAAGGUUUAAAUGAUCUGCACAAACAACUAGAAGAUCAUAAAGAACAAAUAAUGGAAUUUAUGAAAAAAUUUCAGGAAAAUCCAAAGGACUGUAUUAUAGUAAAGUUGAUGGCAUAUCUGUUACAACUUUCAAAAACAACUGUACAUUCUACUGAUACUAUCUUGGAGGCCGUUGCAAGUUGUUUGGGAGAAAUUGGUCCUAUAAAUUUUUCUACCAUAGCAUUGCAGCACAGUAAAAAUGGAUCUAAUUCCAAUACGUGUGAUCUGUUUGAAGACAGAGAACUUCAGUGGGUCUUUGUAAUAUUAACUCUCAUAAAUAAUUAUUUAAUAGAUCAAUGUAUUGAAGUUCGAUCAGCUGCUGCUGCCAGUUUGAAAAACAUUUUAGCUACCAAAACAGGACAUACAUUUUGUGAAAAGUACAAAACCAAGACAGAUACAAUGCUGAUAUACUUGAAUCCUUUCAGAACAUCUAAGAAAAAGCUCUUGGAGGUGCCUGGAAAGGUAAGAGAGACUCCUCCAGAAGAUCUCGAUCGUGCAAUCUUGUGGAUUCCUCACAGUGAAAGUCAUGAAAUUUGGAUUAAGACCUUGACUUGUGCAUUAUUGGAUAGUGGAAUGAUAACAAGUGAAAUCCUCCUGUUGCUGAAGCCUUUGUGUCAGGUUCAUGCUGAUUUCUGUCAAACUGUCCUUCCUUAUUUAAUUCAUGAUAUCCUACUGCACGACUCAAAUGAAUCUGGACACAGUCUUCUGUCUGCACAAAUUCAAUCCUUUUUCAUGACCUGUUGCAAAUACUCGUCACCCAGUAGAUCGUCCACGCCUGCAAAUUUAGAUUCAGAGUCAGAAACUCCAGCUCAUGGACAUUUGGAUAAAAUAUCUCGAAGAACAAUGCUUGCUGUGGUUGACUACUUAAGACGGCAAAAAAAGAAUCCUUCCAGUACCAUCUUUGAUGACAGCUUCUGGCUGGAAUUAAGCUAUCUGCAAGUUGCCAUGGUAGCCCAGUCUUGCUCAGCUCACUUCACAGCUUUGCUCUAUGCAGAAAUCUAUGCAGACAAGAUAGGCAGACAACAGGAAAGGUAGUCAACUAAGAAACUAACAUUUGAAGAAGGAAGUCAGAAUUCAACAUUUACUUGUUUAAGUGAGAAGAGUAAAGAAGAAACUGGAAUAAGUUUGCAGGACCUUCUUAUGGAUAUAUACAGAAGCAUAGGAGAGCCAGAUAGUCUCUAUGGCUGUGGUGGAGGAAAAAUGCUGCAGCCAUUGCCCAGGAUAAGAACAUAUGAACACGAAGGAACAUGGGGGAAAGCUCUGGUAACUUAUGACCUUGAAACCAGCCUUCCACCAUCAAUUCGACAGACAGGAUUGGUAGAGGCUUUGCAGAAUUAUGGGCUAUGUAAUACACUCUCCAUCUACUUAAAAGGAUUGGAACAGCAGAAUGAAGAAAGCUCCAUAGAAUUACAGGAGAUUCGUUACCAGGCAGCUUGGAGGAAUAUGCAGUGGGAUCAGAUCUCCUCAGUCAAAGAUGAAAUAGAGCAAAGAGGCUACCAUGAAUCACUGUAUGAUGCUCUACAAUGUCUACGGGACAGAGAUUUUUCUACUUUUUAUGGAAGAUUGAAAUGUGCCAGAAUCAAAGAAGUAGAAGAGCUACUGAAAGGCAGUCUUGAGUCUGUAUAUUCAUUACUGCCUACGCUGUGUAGGCUACAGACAAUUGGAGAGCUGGAAUAUGUAGGACAACUUUUCUCUGGGUAUUUUACUAUUUCUUUAUACAUUAUUUUAGCUUUGCAGAAUUAUGGGCUAUGUAAUACACUCUCCAUCUACUUAAAAGGAUUGGAACAGCAGAAUGAAGAAAGCUCCAUAGAAUUACAGGAGAUUCGUUACCAGGCAGCUUGGAGGAAUAUGCAGUGGGAUCAGAUCUCCUCAGUCAAAGAUGAAAUAGAGCAAAGAGGCUACCAUGAAUCACUGUAUGAUGCUCUACAAUGUCUACGGGACAGAGAUUUCUCUACUUUUUAUGGAAGAUUGAAAUGUGCCAGAAUCAAAGAAGUAGAAGAGCUACUGAAAGGCAGUCUUGAGUCUGUAUAUUCAUUACUGCCUACGCUGUGUAGGUUACAGACAAUUGGAGAGCUGGAAUAUGUAGGACAACUUUUCUCUGGGUCAGAAACUAAUAGCCAGUUGCAUAAUUUGCAUCUGAAGUGGCAGAAGCAGUCCCAACUUCUUCAAGAUAGUGACUUUGCUUUCCAAGAGCCUAUUAUGGCUUUGCGUACAGUAAUUCUCAAGAUUCUUCUGGAGAAGGAAAAUGAGAAUGUCCAAAGGGAAUGCAUUAAAAACAUCCUCACUGAACAUCUUGUGGAACUAUCCAGAUUGGCUCGAAUGGCGAAUAAUUCACAAAAACUGAGCUUGUCAGCUGGAAAACUAACAGCCUGGGUUCAAGAACUGACAGAGGAGCAUAAAGUUCAGACUAGUAGAUACACUGUGAAAGUUCAGAGGGAGCUGGAAAUAGACGAAUGUGAAAUUCGUGCUCUGGGAGAAGAUCGCAAGCGUUUUUUAUGCAAAGCAGUUGAGAACUACAUUAUGUGUUUAUUGAGUGGAGAAGAGCAUGACAUGUGGAUCUUCCGCCUCUGUUCUCUCUGGCUUGAGAACGCUGGACUUUCUGAAGUCAAUGACAUGAUUCAGAAGGAGGCACAGAAAAUCCCGUCUUACAAAUUCUUGCCACUGAUGUACCAGCUGGCUGCUCGAAUGGGAACCAGGAUGAGUGGAUUUCAUGAAAUUUUGAAUAAUCUUAUAGCAAGAAUUUCUCUCGACCAUCCACAUCACACUUUGUUUAUAAUUUUGGCAUUGGCUAAUGCCAACAAAGAUGAAUUCCUGGCCAAACCAGAAGUGACUAAAAGAAGUGGACUAAUAAAAAAUGUGCCAAAGGAAACAUCUCUUCUUGACAAGGAUCGAAUGAAGGCUGCUAGCAGUAUAAUUAACAUUGUAAAACGCAAAAAACCUGAUAUGGUGGCAAAGGUUGAAGCCCUUUGUGAUGCUUAUAUUAUUUUGGCAAACAUGGAUGCAACUCCCUGGAAAACCCACAGAAGAGGCAUAAAUAUUCCUUCCGAUCAACCUAUAACUAAGUUAAAGAAUCUAGAAGAUGUUGCUGUACCUACCAUGGAAAUUAAGGUGGACCCUAGUGGCAAAUAUGAACAUUUGAUUACAAUAACAUCAUUCAAACCAGAAUUUCGCCUAGCAGGCGGGGUCAAUCUGCCCAAAAUAAUAGAUUGUGUUGGUUCAGAUGGACAACAGAGAAGGCAGCUUGUGAAGGGGCGUGACGAUCUGAGACAGGAUGCUGUUAUGCAACAGGUUUUCCAGAUGUGCAACACUCUACUACAGCAAGAUGCUGACACCAGAAAGAGAAAACUGACCAUCCGCAGAUACAAGGUUGUUCCCCUUUCUCAGAGAAGUGGCGUCUUAGAGUGGUGCACUGGCACAAUUCCUUUGGGGGAAUUCCUCAUCAAUACUGACAGCAGUGCUCACAAACGCUAUAGACCACAAGACUACAGUAGCAUAGACUGUCAAAGGAAAAUGAUUGAUGCACAAAAGAAAGAUUUUGAAGAAAAAUACACAGUUUUCAUGGAUGUAUGCCAGAAUUUUCAACCUGUAUUUCGCUAUUUCUGUAUGGAAAGAUUUUUGGAUCCAGCGGUGUGGUUUGAGAAAAGGUUGGCAUACACUCGAAGCGUUGCCACUUCAUCUAUAGUCGGCUACAUACUUGGUCUAGGAGACAGGCAUGUACAGAAUAUUCUGUUAGAUGAAGAAAGUGCAGAACUCGUACACAUUGAUCUAGGAGUUGCUUUUGAACAGGGCAAAAUCCUUCCUACUCCAGAGACUGUACCUUUUAGGCUAACAAGAGAUGUAGUGGAUGGCAUGGGCAUUGCUGGUGUUGAGGGGGUCUUCAGGAGAUGCUGUGAAAAAACCAUGAAUGUUAUGAGAAAUUCUCAAGAAGCCCUGCUAACUAUUGUAGAAGUUCUUCUAUAUGACCCUCUGUUUGACUGGACCAUGAACCCUUUGAAAGCUUUAUAUCUGCAGCAAAGGUCAGAAGAUGAAGCUGAUGUCAGCUCCAACUUCAGUAGUGCUGAUCAAGGAUGUAACAAAAAAUCAAAUAAUGAAAGCCAGUUGUUCAACAAAGUGGCAGAGCGUGUCUUGAUACGACUUCAGGAGAAACUUAAAGGGAUGGAAGAAGGUACAGUGCUCAGCGUGGCCGGCCAGGUGAACUUCCUCAUACAGCAAGCCAUGGACCCCAAAAAUCUUAGCCGCCUCUUCCCAGGAUGGAAACCAUGGGUAUGAAAAUAUACUAUAAAGCAUUUUCAGAAGCUGUUGGAUUCCUAAGUAAAAUAGAAUCUAAAAAUAUUACAUGGAAACUGUUGAAUCAAAAAGUGUUACUGUAUUGCGCUUAUUCCAGUGUAAUGAAAGCAAUAUCAGUGUUGUACUGUAAGCCCUGCCCCUUUUUUAUAUGUAUUUAUAAAGAUCCUGUGGAUGUCCCAGAAGGAUUUGUCUUUUGCUUGGAUUGGUAUAACUAGGAACAUGGCUUCCUGAUCUUACCCUCCCAGACACGAAUUUCAGGAAAUUAACAAUAUUACAGUUUGCUUUAACAAAAGUAAAAUAUUUUUCAGUAAGCCCCACUCCUUGUUUGGUUUAAGAAUAUUACUACAGCAUAAUAGUACUUAUUUCUGCUCUGUUUAAAAUGAUCAAACUGACAUUAAGCCUGUUACUGUAAUAUGGUCACCUUGCCUUUCUCCUAGACAAGACAAGAAUGUACUCAAGAUAAAAACAUGCAUUAUCCAUGCAUGUUGAUGAUGCUGUGCAUCCUGCUGUAUGAAUAUUUAGGAAUUUCUGAUUUAUAAUAAUAUAUAAAGUUGUAGGUUUUUUAAAAAGCAGAUAACAUGAAAUUAUAUUGUUUAUAUAUAAUGUAUGCGUGGUUCUGAAGGCAUUUCAAAAGAAAAGUAAGAAAUCAAUAACAUGUAGAAUCAGAAAUAACUAUAUAGUGCUACAUAGUGCGUUUCUUUUCAUUAUUACUAAAGAGUGCAGUUCUUUGGUUUGACAAGCAAAUUGGCAUAAUCUAUCCACUUUAUGCUAUAAUACGGGGAGGGGGGAUUUCCCUUUUUUUUUUUACAAAUAAAUAUGGAUAUAUUUUUUAGUUUAUGCUAGCAAGAAAUUCCUGUAUCCGGCCAGUACAGUAAUCUUGUUCUAUAUCAUGGAAAGAGUAGCUUUAUUCUACAUUUAAUUAUUGAUUAAAUUUAGUUCAGUAAUAAGCUAAUCCUACUUGUUAUAACUUGUAUGUGCACUCUGAAACCUAGAAGAAGUUACUGAAGGAAGUUUAUGAAUUAUAUUGUAAACACUGUUAUGGGCAUAUCCUUUUUUUUUUUUUUUUUUUUUUUGAGAAUUCAUGCACUAUGCAUGUAGAAAUAUUUUUUUAUUUGCUCUGCAUUAGACUCUACUAUUUGUGUAUUGAUAUGCUAUGAAAUACAGAGGUGCCCCAAAGUGCCUUUUUAAAUGUACAAUAAUGCCAAAUUCUUUUGAACAUGCAUUUCUCUUCAUAUCUGCUUACUAUAAUU